AUGAAGACGUUUUCCACCCUAUUCGUUACUCUCAGCCUUCUAGCAUCCCCUAUCUCUGCUAAAGGCACCAACUGCUGGUCAGGCUAUGCAUCAGACACCAUCGGUGUAUUCAGUGGUGCGCCGAUCACAUUUUCUAUGAAGCUGAAUGGCCCUGUUGCUUGUGGGCAGAAAUGUGACAGUGUGGACAAGUGUGCAGCCUGGCUCUACACCGAAUCAUCAGGCAAAUGCGAACUGUACCGGCGGAACGCUUUGCAUAUCUCCUCGAACUUGGGAUUUGCAUAUGGUACAUGCGAUGGAUCGAGUGCGCUACUCAACAAUACUACCUCGUCGUCAGCAGCGCGAGUUAGUAGUAUCUCCGUUCAAGCCAGCGUUACGACUGUAAGCAAUGCUGCGUGA